AGAGAGAGAUUUCAGUUCCAGCAGCCUCCUUCCUCCAACACUUCCUUAAAGCUCUUUAAAGGUUUUUUAAGUCGAGUCUCCGGACAAACGGCGCCUCGCGCGGACAGAAAGCCGUGUCCGUGUCUCCAGAGGCGGAGGCUCAGGUGAGAGGUCACCAUGGCACCCUUCCUGCGUAUGGCCUUCAAAACCUAUGACAUGGGUGCUCUGCAUCCAAUCUCUGCACCUCCCAUCUGUGCAGUCAAGAUGAAGGAGUCUAUCAGCACGGAGCGAGGAAAGACUCUGGUACAGAGGAAGCCCACAAUGUAUCCAGCCUGGAUGUCCACUUUUGACGCUCACGUCUAUGAGGGACGUGUCCUUGAGUUGGACCUCAUGGAGACUGCUGAGGAAGCAUUGGCCAGUGUCACGGUGGGCUUGUCUGUACUGGCAGAACGUUGCAAGAAAGCCAAAAAUAACGGAAGUGCCGAGUUCUGGCUGGAUCUGCAGCCUUCUGGGAAGGUCCAGAUGUCUGUUCAGUUCUUCCUAGAAGACAGUGAUGCAGCGGCGUGUAAGCCAUCAGUGAAAGUCGUCCCCGAGGAUGGAACUAUGACCCUCAACAGGAGGAGAGGAGCAUUCAAGCAGCCCAAGCUUCAUGUUAUCAAAAGCCAUGAAUUCACCGCUACCUUCUUUGGCCAGCCGACCUUCUGCUCUGUGUGCAGAGAGUUCCUCUGGGGUCUCAACAAGCAAGGUUACAAGUGCAGGCAAUGCAAUGCCGCAAUCCACAAGAAGUGUAUCGACAUGAUCAUUGGCAGGUGCACUGGAACAGCAGCCAACAGUAGAGACACAAUGUUCCAGAAAGAGCGCUUUAAGAUUGAUAUGCCGCAUCGCUUCAAGUUCUAUAACUACAGAAGUCCUACCUUCUGUGACCACUGUGGCAGUCUACUGUGGGGUCUCUACAGACAGGGCCUGAAAUGUGAAGACUGUGCCAUGAACGUACACAGUUACUGUCAGAAGAAAGUCGGAAAUCUCUGUGGAAUCAACCAGAAAUUGCUGGCAGAGGUUCUGUCUCAAGUCUCCCAGAAAUCUUCAAGGAAGUCUGAUAAAUCCAAUGAAGCAGAUAUCGGGAUCUACCAAGAUGUCCAAAGUACUACAGUAAACUCUAGUGACGAUAAUCGGAAAGCUCAGGAGAAUUCACUGUCAAAGAAAGCUCAACCAGUACAUCCUGUCUCUCAAAAACACCUCACCGUCAGCCAUUUGGUAUUCCACAAGGUUCUGGGAAAAGGCAGCUUUGGGAAGGUGCUGUUGGCAGAGCUUAAAGGGAAGGGCGAGUUCUUUGCUGUGAAGGUCCUGAAGAAAGAUGUAGUUCUCAUGGAUGAUGAUGUGGAGUGUACCAUGGUUGAGAAGCGAGUCCUGGCCCUCGCCUGGGAGAACCCCUUCCUCACACACCUCUACUCCACAUUCCAAACUAAAGAGCACCUCUUCUUUGUAAUGGAAUACUUGAAUGGAGGGGACUUGAUGUUCCACAUCCAAGACAAAGGCCGCUUCGAUCUCAACAGAGCCACAUUCUAUUCUGCUGAGAUCAUCGUGGGACUGCAGUUCCUCCAUUCAAAAGGAAUUAUCUACAGAGAUCUGAAGCUGGACAAUGUUAUGCUGGACAAAUAUGGACACAUAAAGAUUGCAGACUUUGGAAUGUGCAAAGAGAAUGUGUUUGGAGAUGUCAGAGCCACCACAUUCUGUGGGACACCAGACUAUAUUGCACCAGAGAUCCUUUUAGGACAGAAGUACACCUUCUCUGUGGACUGGUGGUCUUUUGGUGUACUUGUGUUUGAGAUGCUGAUUGGUCAGUCACCUUUCCAAGGUGAUGAUGAGGACGAGCUGUUUGAAUCCAUCAGGAUGGACACUCCUUACUACCCUCGAUGGAUCACCAAAGAGGCCAAAAAUCUACUUGAACUAUUGUUUGAGCGAGAUCCAAGCCGCAGGUUAGGUGUGGUGGGAAACAUCCGAGGCCAUUCUUUCUUCAAAACGAUUAACUGGCCAGCACUGGAGAGGAGAGAAAUAGAUCCACCUUUCAAACCUAAAGUGAAAUCCCCCAGUGACUGCAGCAACUUUGACCGAGAGUUCCUGAGUGAGAAGCCACGCCUUUCCCACGCAGAUAAGAACCUCAUCGAGUCCAUGGACCAGGCAGCCUUCGCUGGCUUUUCCUUUGUCAACCCCAAACUGGAAACCAUAACUCAUUGAAAAGCUGAACUAGAUCAUGUGGAUCACAAUUACAGCUGGUUGGAGAAAGUCUUGACUGUGCUUUUUGAGUUCCUCAGAGGAUUUAAAAAGGGAUGUUUUCUUGGCAUUCAGGCAGUGAUCCUCUGAUACCCGGCUGUGUAAGAACAUAAAUUUAUAUUUAAGGGAGAUGCAUAAGAAUUGAGUGUCAUAUUAAUUGUUGCUUGGGGAUUAAGUGACUUCUGUUUUUCUUACUUUUUUCCGGUUUUAAUACCAUUUGUUACACAAAAACUACUGAAUCAGUUUUCUUCAAAUUUGGUGUUGAGACUGGACAUGGCCAAAGACAGAACCCAUUAACUCUCAGACCUGAUCUGAUUUUUUUUUUUUUUUUUUUUUUUAGGAGUGGAUCCUACAAUUUUUUCAUAUUUAGUUUUUCCACUGUCUUUAACAUUGUGAGAUGGGGCAUUUUUCAACAGUUUUGUGAAUUUCUCAAGAGACAAUCUGGUGUGGAUUUGGAUAACAUUAUUAUUCAGAUUUGCACCAAAUCACAACUGCUUAGAUAUUGUCAUUCUGCAUAUGCCUUUCUUUUUCCAAGUAGAUUGUGCAUCAUUUCUUGAGAGCUUCCCAGAAAUGUUGAAACUGUAAUGUUGAUACUGAAGAUAGCAGAGGAAGCGGGGGGGUCAUUAAGAUUUACAGAGAUAUAUCAAGCUGGAUUUUGAAGCAGAUCCAGUAUCGAGUGCCCUCCACCAAAAGUCUUGGUGGAGGGCACUAGAAGGGCAUUCUUUGAGUGCCCUUUUAGUCCUUCCUUGUGAUUGUGCCUAUGAAUCAAACAAUGUACUUUAUCUAAAUGAACAUGCACAAAGCCACACUUACUCCACAAAUAUACAGUCUUUAUGCCGGUACAGUUCAUGAGAAAUCUGAGGUACAAAUUCAAUCUCCCUCAGUGCUUUGUUGUCUGUUUGUGUGUGUGUGUCUCUUCUAUCACAUCCCAUCUCAGUAAAUGUGUGGGUCAGAUAAUGCCUUCAGUGUGAAGUAAAAUUAUUAGUGAACUGAGUGGAUUAACACUGUACUGCCUUGAGAAAUCAGAAAUAAUCUAAGCAAACCCCAGACAAGCCCUUGUGCUGAAGACCCACCCACCCUUGUUUCUACCAAGGAGGUCAUAGUUCCAUCUGCAUUUGUUUAUCUGUCUGUUCAUCAGCAGGAUGUCUGAAAAAGUCAGAUGAGCUGCUUCAUCACUGGGGACAGAGACACGGAUAAACAAGCAGUAUGAGACACAUUAAGGUUUAGGCACAUUAAAAAAAAAAAUUUAAAAAUGUAAACGUCUCUCACCUACCCACUUGUAUUGACUCAGUCGGCCUUCGGGGCCCACAUCACUCUCCUCUUAGCUGUUUGAGAUAUACCUGGGUCAGGCUAUCUUCAAGCACUUGGAAUGUAUAAAAACAUGGAUCAUUGUUUUAGGGCGCACAAGCAGCUGGCACUCUGCAACAGCUGCACAUCAUCUGCUGUUUCUCCAGUCAGAGUAAACCCCACGCCCCUCUACAAAUAGAGUUCACUGACGUUUGGUGGGGAUGUAGGUGAUUGGUCAAUUUUGUUCCAGAUUACAAGCCUGGAUCAUUUUAAUUAAUCAUUUUGUAAUAUGUUAUUUGUACUCUGGUGAAACCAGUGCUUCUAUACCUGCAAUUCAGCUCUGUUCAGGACAGACAAACUGAGAAUCAUCGGGCCUUGUUGGAGGUACGCACUAUCUGUAUGCCCUCUAGUUCCUGUAUGGCAGUCAAUUCUCACGUUGUGCAUAAUAGUGCAAGCAGUUGUAUAAAAUACAUAUUUCUAUGACUGUAAAUUUGCUGGGGUGUCAGACAUACUUUAAAGGGUUGCAGCAGUAGCACGGUACUUAUCUGUACAUCUAUUUUUGUUGAAGGAUGUUAUUUUAUGUAGAAAGAAGGGGUGUUUUGCUGUAUGCAAGAUGGCUUUUAAAUGUGGUCUAUAACUUAAAUGUAGGAAUUUUAAAGGGAAAUCAAUCUGUAUAUAUUGAAAUUGUGUAUAUUACUACUAGAUGUAUGUCAGUUAUGGGUGUAUUUGUUUUUUAUUUUUUUAAACAUUUGAUUAUAAAUAAAGUGAAUGAAAUUAA